AUGGAUACAGUUUUAAAUAAUAUUAAUCAAAGUAGAUAUUUCAAUGAUUCAACAGCAAAUACUAAAAUUGAAGAAAUCAAGAAGCAUUUAGAUAGUCCAUCUGAUGCUGAUAAACUUGAAAGUAUGAAAAAGUUAAUCGCUAUGUUAUCAAAAGGUAGAGAUGUUUCAGAAGCAUUUCCUCAAGUUGUAAAGAAUGUAAUUGUAAAGAAUUUAGAGAUUAAGAAAUUAGUAUACAUGUAUUUAGUUCAUUAUGCAGAGAGUCAAAAUGAUAGUGCAUUAUUGUCAAUUAAUACCAUUCAAAAGUCAUUAAAUGAUCAAAGUCAAGUGAUUAGAGCAUCAGCAUUGAGAGUUAUGUCAUCAAUUCGUGUUAUUGAUAUCAUUGAAGUGAUUAUAUUGGCAAUUGAGAAAUCUGUUAAGGAUACAUCACCAUUUGUUAGAAAGGCCGCUGCUUUUGCAAUUGCAAAAGUACAUAAAUUGGAUUGUGAUAAACAAGAGCCAUUAAUCGACCUAUUGGAAAUACUCUUAAAUGAUACAAGUACAAUGGUAUUAGGUGCUGCUAUCGUCGCUUUCAAUGAACUUUGUCCACAACGUUUUGAUCUCCUUCAUCAACAUUAUAGAAAAAUUUGUCAAUUAUUAGCUGAUUUCGAUGAAUGGUCACAAGUAAUCGUACUUGAUAUUCUUACAAAAUAUGCAAGAUCACAAUUUAGAUGUCCUGAUUCAACAAUGAAUGAUAAAAAUAUUAAACAAUUUAAAAAGAAAUCAAAAUCAUUUUAUUCAGAUGAAGAAGAUCAAGAAGAUGAUGAACCAGAAAAUAGUUUAUAUAAAAAGAAACCAUUAGAAAGAGAUAUGUUUGAUUCAAGUGAAGAGAUUGAUAUGGAUCAUAGAUUAUUAUUAAAAUCAACAUUACCAUUAUUACAGAGUAGAAAUAAUGCAGUAGUGAUGGCAGUAAGUUCAUUGUAUUUCUAUUGUGCACCAUCGAUUGAAGCACAAAAAGUUGGUAAAUCAUUAGUUCGUAUUUUACGUAGUGGACCAGAAGUACAAUACAUUACAUUGACCAACAUUUCCACUAUGGUAACAUUGAGACCAUCAAUGUUUGAACCUCAUUUAUCAGAGUUUUUCAUUCAUUCAUCUGAUCCAGAGUAUAGCAUCAAAUUGAAAUUAGAGAUAUUGACUCGUUUAGCAACACCUGAAAAUAUUGGUAAAAUCUUGAAAGAGUUCAAAGAGUAUGUAAAGAAUGAAGAUAAGAAAUUCGUUGCAGCCACAAUUCAAGCGAUUGGCUCCUGCGCCUCUACAGUACCAGAUGUAACCGAAUCAUGUAUCUAUGGUUUAAUGUCCCUCCUAUCCAAUCAAUCAACUGUUGUAGUUGCAGAGAGUGUAAUUGUUUUAAAAAGAUUAUUACAAUUGAAUGCAACAAAUGAAAAACUUGAGAAAUUAGAAAAAGAAAAAGAAAAAGAAAAAGAUGUCAAAGAAAAUCAAUCAACCAUUUCAAAACAUUCAUCAUCAAAUAAUUCAAUUAAAUAUGAUAAUAUAAUUUUACAUUUAUCAAAACUAUUAGAUACACUUCAAGUACCAAGUGCACGUGCAUCAAUCGUUUGGGUAAUUGGUGAAUAUUGCUAUCGUGUACCAUUGGUUGCACCAGAUGUAUUUAGAAAAUUAGUUAAAUCAUUCUCUGAUGAACAUGAAUCUGUUAAAUUGGAAACCUUAAAUUUAGGUUCAAAAUUAUAUGUUCAAUUCACUGAUAAUAAUAGUACUACCACUACUGAUAAUAGUAUACCAAAUGAAUUUAAAAAUGAAAGAACUAAAGAAAAGAUCACCUUAAUGUUUCAAUAUGUUUUAAAUUUAGCAAAAUUCGAUCAAAACUAUGAUAUUAGAGAUAAUAGUAGAAUGUUAAAACAUUUCUAUUUCAAUACUGAGAAUACUCAAUCCAUCAAUAGUAAUAUCAAACAAAUCGUUAUCAAUCAAAAACCAAUUCCAACUGAAACUUCAAUAAGUGAAGAUAGACAACGUUUUACACUUGGUUCAUUAUCACAUAUCGUUAAUCAUACUGCUUUAGGUUACACCGCAUUACCUGAUUUCCCUGAUGUUGCCCCUGAUCCAUCAGUUAGAGAACCAAUUCAACGUUGGAUUCCAAAUCAACAAUCACAACAACAACAACACCAACAACAACAAUUAAAUAAUAUUUUCGUUGAUACUCCAUUUUAUUCUGAUGAGGAAGAAGAAGAUGAGGAGGAGUAUGAUGAGGAGGAAGAGGAAGAAGAAUAUGAAGAACAAAAUGAAUAUGAAGAUUUCUUUGGUGAAGAAAAGAAAAAUAAAAAGAAAAAUAGAAAACAACAAAACUAUGAUGAAGAUGAAUAUAAUCAAGAUAUUGAUGAUGGUGAAUAUGAUGGUGAAGGUGAAGUUCAAGCAGAGGAUGAAGAUGAUUUCGAUGAAUUAUUUGGUAUAACUAAUGACGAUAACAAUCAAACCGCUAAUGGUAUUGGUGGUGGUGGUAGUGGUGAGGAAGAAAUGGAUAAAUUUGAUUUUGAAAAUUAUAUAAACUCCACUACCAAAUCUGUAAAGAAAAUAUUAUUAAAACCAACAAUUAGUGGUGGAUUAAGUAUUGAUUAUUGUUUCAUUAGAAUCAGAGAUAAUGAAGAAUUUUCAUGUCAACCACGUUAUAAUAUCAUUCAAUUAAAUAUAAAGAAUCAAUCUGAUGAAACUUUCACCGAUAUCUCUAUCAUUAAUAAAAAUUUAAUCGAUGGUGCUGAUAUUAGUGAAUUUGAUCCAAUCGAAUCAAUUGAACCAAAUCAAGCAAUUCAAAAACAAAUUUAUGUUUUAUUUAAUUCAACUUCUCAAUCUUGUAAAUUUGAAAUUAGCUUUAAUAAAGGUAAUUUCCCAGUAACUUUAACACCAAUUAUUGGUGAAUUAUUAAUACCAAUUGUACCAAUUUAUGAAUCAAUUAGUCAAUGGAAAGAUGAAUUUGAAGAAGUUGGUGAAUUUAAACAAGUUGAUGAUCAAUUUGAAUUUGGUGAUCAAUGCUUAGAUAAAUUAAAUAAUAAUAAUAAUAAUAAUAAUAAUAAUAAUAAUGAAAGUGGUGAUGAAAAUAUUGGUUUAAUGCCAAUUUUACCAAUAGUUUUAGAAGGUAUUAAUUUAAUUCCAAUAGCCUCGAAUAAAUUAAAAUCAAAGAUUCAAUUUGCAAGUAAAACUUUAUUAAAAGAUGAAAACAUUUAUGUUCAAAUUCAAUUAUUAAAACAACAACCACCAACUGUUAAUUGUAUUAUUAGAAGCAAUGAUCAAGUUGUAUCUGCUCUAUUACUUAAAAAAUUAAAAGAUGUCUUACAAAAAUAA